CAAAGCUUCAAACGACGUGUCGACUAUUAAAUUAGUCGUCGACGAUUUUAAUAGUUGACGUAAUCUUCAACUAGUCGUGGCAGCCCUAACUGCCAGCAUGAACAACAAAUCUUAACCACAUCUUUAAUAUUUACCAUCAUUUACCUAUUUGCAAAUUAUUCACUGACAUCGAUUUUCUAGCUUACAAUACUAGCACAUGGCAGCUACAAAUUAUUCACCUUUCUAUGACUAUAUUUAGGCCCUUGACGGACCUUUUUUGGGGAAAAAGUCAAAGCGUUAGCUAACUAAUGAUAAAGUACUCGAUAUGUUGCAUGUAUUAAUAUUUCAGGGAAACCACAAUCUUCCCCUGAUCUCCUUCAAAGUAUUUUUGUAGCCAAAAGAUGACAAAACACAAGAGACGGUGAACCCAGAGUCCUGUGCUGUGUCCUCCUACUAUUAAGCACUUAAUGUGUGAGUUGCUAAAUAUAUUAGAAAAGAGCACUGGUCCACUAUCCAGUCCAGAAUCUAACACUAGUGUGUAAUAAGUAAAGGGGGUCUUAAAAACAAACUUUAAUUUGUCUUUAAUUAUAAAAAUAUCCCAUUAAAAAGGUUAGCGUUAGUGCAAUUCAAAAAAGACAAACAGACCUAACAUUUGUCUUUUUUUGGUACAUUUUUCCACAUUUUCUUUUUGAAGCAAAUAAAGUGAUAGGAAAUAUUCCCACAGAAUGCAUUUUGUGGUAAGAGAAACAGCAAGCUGUCCCUAGGAGGGUCAGUGGUUCAAUUCCUGGCUUCUCCAGUCCACAUGUCAAAGUUUCCUUAGACAAGAAGCUGAAUCCUGCUGCCUCCGAUGCAUCAAUCAGAGUUUACUUGAAAUAGGAAGGAUAAAUGCACCUUGUAGCAUAGAAGCACUUUGAGUGCUCAAUUUCAGUACAAAGUGUUGAAUUAGUUAGUGGUUUCUAAUGUAAAUCUUACAUAAUCUGAGUUAUAUAUGGAUGCAAAUUGCUUCCACAACAACACUUCUAUUAAUUUGGCAAGUUGGCAGCUUGGUUCAAAGUAAUUAUUGUACUGAUUUUAGCCACCAUAUUUUUCAUAUCAUAGGCAGCAUGGUGGUGCAGCGGCACUGUCACAACACGAAAGUUUCCUUGUUAUCCAGCUCCCUCCCACAGUCCAAAGACGUGUUGGGUUAAUUGGUGAUUAUAAACUGGUCGUGGGUGUGGAUGCGAGCAUGAAUAGUUGUCUGUCUGUCUCUAUGGUAGACUGGUGGUCUAUCCAGAGCAUACUCUGCCUCUUGCCCUGUGACAGCUGGGACAGACUCCAGCCUGUUAUGAAAAUGGAUAGAUGAUUAGAGGUCAUUAAUGACCAGUGAAGCAGCAGAUUCAUGAAAGAUUUUUGCAAUAAUGUCAAACUUUAAAUCUGCUACAAAAUGAAAAAGCACCAUCUCAGAUAAGUUUUCAAUGUUAUUACAUAAGAUGCAUUUAUACUGAACACAUUUAUACUGAUAUAAAUAUAUAAUAGCAAACAAUGAACACAUUCAACUGUUUCUAAUUCAACAGGCUUCCAAAUUGGAAGAAUAAACAUUUCCCGUCUUAACAGUUAAGAUCUUCCAAAAUCAUUUUACACCAAACUAAAGUAAUUUCUGGCACCAGCAACUAACGGGGCAGUCCCAUUUAUUCAGAUUACCAGUUAGGCCGGCUAAGAGGCUAGUUAUGGUUAUGACUUUACUUAAUGUGACCUGAAGUGUUAAAAUUUAGCAGAUUUAAGCAGAUCAUCAUGUUUUAAUGACAGAAUGCUGUGACUAAGAUAGUACAAAGUCCAGUCUGUUAUCCUAAUAAUACCAGAGCAAUACCAGGGUUUAUCUGAUUGAAACUUAGAACACUGCAAAUAUUCAACACUCAAAAGCACAGGCUGAAAUAAAUAUCUGCAUGAUGAUGAUGUUUGCAGGGAUGAGUAUCAUGGAAAGGAUUUUCUUUCUCUCUUUUUAAAAUAUUUGUGUCUUCCCAUCAAAUCAUCCAGAUUGUAAAACCGAUAAAUCCGUGUGACCUUUAAAUCCCAAACAUACAAGGAGUCUUUGUCUGUUACAGUUUAUAUUCUGUCGUGACUUCUGAAGGGUCAGUUGGAAUCUCGGCGAUGGUGAACAGGAAGCAUUAGAGUGAUAGCGUGCCUUUUCUUGCAAAUUAAUUGUGUUUAAAUAUAACUUUGCUUUAAAUGCUAAAACAAAAACAGAAAAUGUAGGGUUUCAAAUAAUCAUUUAAAUGGAACAAGAACAAAGUGGGCUAAGAUACAUUUGGAAUUAAAAUGGUAUUUUGGAAAAUUUAAGUGUGUGUGGGUUUUUUUUUUAGUGGUAUUUAACUAUAUUACCAUUUAAGAUAUGUGCACUACAUUUAAAUCUAUAAAAAUAACCAAUACAUUUUCUCUGGUGAAAGACAAAUGCAUUUGUUCUAUCUCUCAACCCUGUGAACUGGGUCUGCUGUGGGGGUUUUGGUGGCUCAGCGCUGGGCUCCACAUGCUGCAAUAAUCCAGGGAGGGUUAGGAUAAAGCCUGGCUUCGUCUCACUCUCUGCCUCCUCCCAGAUCAGAUGAGAUUAGGUAAGAGCUAAGGAGCUCUGCGGGAAGGCAGGGCUCAGAAACACUGAGGUUGAAGAAAGGAGGGACACAUCAAGGCAGGUGGUCACUCCUGCAAGAGGAGAAAGCCAGAAAGCAGAGGUGAAUCCACUAAAGACAGCUGGCCUGGUUGGUGCAGAUAAAGAAGAGAAAGCCAUGCUAAGCUGAUGGACUAACAGGAGCUGACAGGGGGACUAUGUGUUGAGGAUUGUCUUUUAAAUUUUUAUAUACUUGGAGCCCUCUGAUAUUCAUCUUUGGUUGUUGGUGGACGUUGCUUUAGCAAUGGGAAGGAAGAAGAUUCAAAUCACCCGUAUCGUUGAUGAGAGGAACCGACAGGUGACUUUCAUGAAGAGAAAGUUUGGCCUGAUGAAGAAGGCCUACGAGUUAAGUGUUCUGUGUGACUGUGAAAUUGCCCUCAUCAUCUUCAAUGGCUCCAACAAGCUGUUUCAGUACGCCAGUACCGACAUGGACAAAGUCCUGCUGAAGUACACAGAAUACAACGAACCCCACGAGAGCAGAACCAACUCUGACAUCGUCGAGGCCCUUAACAAGAAGGAACACAGAGGCUGCGACAGCCCUGAUGCUGACGCAUCCUAUGUCCUCACUCCUAAUACUGAAGAAAAAUACAAGAAGAUUAAUGAAGAGUUUGACAACAUGAUGAAGACUCAUAAAAUUUCCACAGGCCAGCAGCAGCAGCACUUCAUGCAUGUAGCACCAGGCAGCAUGGCCUACAGUCACAGUGGAGGAGGAGGGGCAACUUCCCAGGCACUAGCUGCAGCCACAGCAGCUUUGGCUGACGGUGGUAUCCUCUCCUCACCUCACUCGCACCUCCACAGAAACAUAAACUCUUCACAAAGACCCCCGAGUGCUGGAAGUGGCCUGCAGGGCAGUUCCGAGCUGGCUCUGCAAAAUGGAUCUGGACCGACUGUGAAUGGAUUUGGAAAGAUCAUACCAUCAAAAUCUCCUCCUCCUCCUCCACCUCAUGGGAACAGCAUGGUCCCUACCAGCCGCAAGACAGACCUCCGGGUCCUCAUCCCCCACUCCAAAGGAAUGAUGCAAACACUGAAUAACCAAAGGAUGAGUAGCAGUCAGUCCAGUCAGCCUCUUUCCACACCAGUUGUCUCUAUCACCACACCCAGUCUACCCCAUCAGAGUCUGGUCUAUGCUGGCAUCGGCUCGGCCUACAACGAUUACUCCCUGAACAGUGGAGAGUUAUCAGGCUUUAACUCUGCUGCAGGGCCCUCUCUGAGCUCAAUGGCAGCAUGGGAGCAACAGCAGCUGAGCUCCAUGGGGUCAGGAAGCUCCACUCUCUCCAUCAACACCAAUCAUAACAUCAACAUCAAAGCUGAGCCAAUCUCUCCACCCCGCGACCACCUCAGCCAGUCUGGGUACAUGACCCAUCCACAUGUUCACCCUCAUCUUCACUCCUCUGCCUCCUCAUCAGCUCGAGCAGAGAUGGGACGGUCCCCUUCUGACAGCGUUGGCUCCUCCUGCAGCUCUCACGAGGGCGGCAGUGACCGGGAAGAGCAGCAGCGACCUGACUUCCACUUGCUCCCUGCGAGUCGGUCAGAGGGCAGGGAGAGUCCGACAGUCAAGCGGAUCCGAAUGGACAGCUGGGUGACAUAGAGCCUGGACCUACAUCGAGAAGCUGCACCAGGGCAAAAAACAGGAAGGACACUGUUGUGCAAAUGAAAUGUGGUUUUUAUUGACGUGUUCUGUUGAAUUUUCUUUAAUUUUUUUUUUUUUGCUGUUGUUUUGGUUACUCGGAAUUUCUUGAGAAGGGUUGAGCAACAUUCGUCUGAGCAUUCUUGAUUAGAUAAAGCUGAAAUUACAGUGGUACUUCAUUUAAUCUUAUUUUCUUCUUUUACAAACAAUUAAAGCUUUGGAGAUUAAAUAUCUGGGUCCAAAUGCAGUACAGUUACAGUAGAGUACAGUUAUUUCCAUUUGCAGUGCACUGUGGCGCUGGAUGGAAGAGAGACAAAGCAUAAAAUCAAAGUUCAUGAGUGGGUAAAGUUACUUGGUGUCAACCAAUUCAUUUCUAAUCUUCUCAGGGUUUAAAACCAUUAAAUGAGUCCAUCGUGAAAGCAAUACUCCCUCCACAUCAUCAUUUCUGUUACUCCUCUUUAUAAAAACACGUAUUUAUAUCAGCCAAAGCAGUAUACUGUUUUCUAUGUUGUGUGUGUUUUUAUAUUGUGCACAAAAUUAUACAAUAUUUCAUUCAGAUUUGAAAUCGAAAGCCAUGGACACUUGUAUAUGUACUACCAAAACAUGUCACUAUUGUUUGUACAUAGUAUCUUUAAUAUAUAUCACUUUUGGUGUAACUAUAGCGUUUUGUCAGUGUGUUUUAUCUGCCUGCCUUCACACUUUGUCUCCUGAAACUCCCAUAAUUUCUUAGAUAAAGCUACUUUCAGCUGCUCCUUUGUUACAAGGGGUCGCCAAAGCAGGUAGGUCUGCAUAUUUGACUUGGCAGUGUUAUGCCAGAUGCCCUUCCUGGUACAAACCCAAGGGGGAUUUGUGUCUCUGGCUGGAAUUUAACCAGCAACCUUUUGCUUGCCAAGCAAAGUUGUUAAAGCCUACACUACAGAACCAUUUGUAUCCUUUCUUAGAUAAAUAGAUAAACUGGCUUUGUGAAGAAAGCUUCGGAAACAAUUCUUUAAAAAAAAAAGGUUACUGGUCGAGGAGGCGUCUGUUUGCCUUACAGCUGAAAUGCAGUGGCCUGGGUUCGAGUCGGAUCUCUGGAGACCUUUGCACCCUCUCCCCCUCUUUCCUGUCUACUCAUCACUGUUAAACUAUCAAAUAAAGCCCAAAACCCCCCAAAAUAAAUGUGAGAAGAAGACAACUCCU